GUGGAUUUAACAUUUUUAUAUUACAGACUGACUGAGUAUCUCGGAGUCAGUGUUUGAGAUUGUUUUACGAGUGUGUAACAGCAGCGUGACAAGUCAGGUGUGCCAACCUCCCCCCGUUUCUGAACCGGUAAUGGUACGGCCCAAACGCAACUCGGUCCCUAUGGAGUAGUUGCUGAGGAGGCACCAGACUUUAGAGAGAAAACCAGUGAGUUUGCGUGUUGAAAUCAUGGCGGAGAGAAUGUCACUUCAUUGCAACGGGAAUUAUCCGCUUCACCUGGGACUGAAAGGCGCAGUGCUACUUCUGCUAUUCAGCGCCACAGGUGUGCUGUGCAGUCAGGUGCUGGUGCCCCCCCGCGUGGACGCGGUGUUGGGUAAGAACAUCACGCUGGGCUGCACGGUGCAGGUGGAGUCCAACCUCAGCCUGACGCAGAGCUCCUGGGAGCGCAGGCGCGGCGCCGCCACGGUAACCGUCGCCGUGUACAACCCGCAGUUCGGCAUCUCCGUGGCGCCCGAGUACGAGGGCCGGCUGUCCUUCCGCUCGCCCUCGGCCCGCGACGCCACCGUCAGCCUGCGGGACGUCCGCUUCAGCGACAGCGGCGUCUACAUCUGCAAAGUGGCCACCUUCCCCCUGGGGAACACGCAGGCCUCCGCCACCGUCAGCGUCAUGGUGGAGCCCAAGGUGUACGUGUCGGCGGGCUCUGUGCCGCUGCUGGACGGCGGCAAUGCCACGCUGGUGGCCACCUGCACGGCGGAGAGGGCGCGGCCCGCCGCCGAGGUGCUGUGGGAGACCGGCCUAUCAGGACGCUCGGAGGCCCGCGUGAGGGAGGAGCCCAACGGCACCUCCACCACCCAGGUGCGCUACACCUGGCAGCCCAGCCGCCACGCCCACGGACACGCCCUCACCUGCGUGGUGCGCCACCCAGCCCUGCAGAGCGACUUCAGGAUCCCCUACCUGCUCAACGUGCAGUCGGCUCCAGACAUUGUACUGGAGGGUUACCAUGGCGACUGGUUCGUGGGUCAGGAAAACGUGCAGCUCCAGUGCCGAGCUAACGCCAACCCUCCCCCCCGACACUUCACCUGGACCAGGCUGGAUGGAGAGAUUCCCGAGGGGGUGGAGGUGGUGAACAGCACGCUGGUGUUUGGGCGCCCCCUGCUGGGGAACGAUUCGGGGGUGUACAGGUGUGAGGUGGGGAACGACAUCGGCCUGCGCACCCGAGACCUGGACGUCAGGAUACAAGAGCCUCCCUCCACCACCACCUCGCCCCCCACCACCCCCGCGCCCGUCCCGACCACGGCCGCCGCCCGCUCCACGGACCUGCCCACCAAACGCCGCGCCCCCUUCACCUCGCCCACGCUGGCGCCCCUGCCCGCGGGCAGCCUGGGCGCGGUGGUGGGCGGGGCCGUGGGCGGAGCCCUCUUCCUGCUGCUGCUGCUGGUCCUGGGCGGGGCCUGCUACAGGAAGCAGCACCAGACCUUCCGCGGGGACUACUACACCAAGCAGUACCUGGGGCCGUCCGACAUGCAGAAGGACUCCCGGCCACCAGGGGGCGCCCCGCAGCACCCCUACGAGCUCCAGGAGGUGAAGGGCGACCCGGACGUGAAGCCCAAGCCCGCCGACGACGACGUCAUCGUACGCGACAAGGACCGCGAGGAGUGGGGCGACACCCGCCGCUCGCAGAGGGACGGCCUCUAUCACCACGGCAACCACAACCACGGCAACCACAACCACCACAGCCCUCAUCACCACGGCAACCACAACCACCACCACCACCACCACCACAGCCCCCACCACCACGGCAACCACGUCCCCCACCACAGCCCCCACCACCCGGCCCGGGGCCCCCCCAUGUACAACAACCACCACGCCCCCUACCUGCCCCCCACCGACGACUGUUGCUACGACAACAGCCCCGACAGCGACUUGGUGUCGCACGUGGACGGCUCGGUGAUCUCUCGGCGGGAGUGGUACGUGUAGCGCAGGGAGGAGAUGUGAAUAAGUAAGAAUAAUAUGGUUACUAAACACGGAGGGACACAUCGCUCCCCUUAAAGGAGAAUCGCCAAAAAAGGAAGAAAAGAA